UGUGUGUGUGUGUGUGUCGCCUAAGUGAUUGUCUAUGUUCUGGGAAACACCCCACCAAUUGCAUCUAGUUUCCUCUGGAUGUUGCAUUAAAAGAGUAAGGAAGAUUGCAAAACGUCUUUUUUGUACGGGGACUAAUACGGGCUAAUAGUCUGCUCAGCUCAAGAGUGUUUGAAUGCUGAAUCUAUCAAGACAUCUGUCUGUGAAAAGAUGUGUUCUUGGAUACUUCAACAACACCCAUCCUUGCUGAAUGUAGUACUGGGGAUUACUUUCAUCGCUAUAAGUCAUGACUUGGUUCUGAGUAGAAUGGGUGUCCAGGCCUGGACCUACAAUUACACAACAAAAACGCCCCUGGACUGGGAGUCGUCUCGUCGCUACUGCCGGGAGCACUUCACUGACAUGGUGGCGAUCCAGAACAAGGCUGAGAUCACAUACCUCAACCAGGUGCUGCCUCGUAACCCCAGCUACUACUGGAUCGGCAUCCGGAAGGUUAAGGAGACAUGGACCUGGGUAGGCACCAAAAAGGCCCUGACACCCGAGGCAGAAAACUGGGCCACAGGGGAGCCCAAUGACUUGGGUGACGGGCAAGACUGCGUGGAGAUCUACAUCAAGAGAGAGAAGGACACUGGAAAAUGGAAUGAUGAGAACUGCAAGAAGAGAAAGGGGGUUAUCUGCUACACAGCCUCCUGCUCUGAGGGCUCUUGCAGUAAGUAUGGGGAGUGUGAGGAGACCAUUGGAGCCUUCAGGUGCAGAUGUGAGCCUGGCUUUGAGGGAGCUCGCUGUGAGAGGGCUGUUGCAUGUGGACCAGUGCAUGCUCCAGAUGGCUCGAUGACCUGUCGCAAUCCCUUUGGAGAGAACCGCUACAACUCCAGCUGCCAGAUCCACUGCAAACCCGGCUGGAAGCCGCUGAGGGCUGCACAGACACGCUGCCUGGCCACUGGACAGUGGGACCAACAAACGCCCUUUUGCCAAGUGAUAACCUGCAAACCUCUGCUGGUGCCCUCUGGAGUUGACUUCACCUGUGAAAACCCACUGGGCGACUCAUCCUGCUACUCCACCUGUGAUUUCUCGUGCAAGGAAGGUCACACUCUCAGGGGUCCGCCCAGGCUCACCUGUCUCCCCUUGGGAGUCUGGACAGGAGAAGCACCUGUGUGUGAAGUUGUGCAUUGUCGGCCACUACAUUUCCCUUUUAAUGGCAAGCUAAGGUGUCAGGACCCUUUGGAGGAGUUCAGCUACAACUCUACCUGCUGGUCAGAGUGUGAUAGUGGCUUCGACGUUAAAGGAAACAACUCCACCCACUGCUCCGCCCAAGGAGUGUGGAGCCAUAACCUUACUGGUUGCCAAGUUGCAGUAAAGUGUGACAAAUUAAAAGCCCCACCUAAUGGCAAGCUCCAGUGUCAGGACCCUUUCGAGAAAUUCAGCUACAACUCCACCUGCUUGCCAGAGUGUGAUAGUGGCUUCACCAUCAAGGGAAGCACCUCCACCCGCUGCUCUCUCCAAGGGAAAUGGACCAAACCCCUUCCUGUUUGCCAAGCUGUGGAGUGUCCAGAGGUGUCUGUUGCACCCAGUGGAGGAACUGUGAACUGCAGCCACCCCAUUGCUCUCCACAGCUUCACCUCCACAUGUGAAUUCAGGUGUAAUGAGGGCUUGCUGCUUCAAGGAGCUCAGAGAAUAGAAUGUGACCAUACAGGCCAGUGGACACACAGAGCCCCCACCUGCAAAGUUAUACAGUGUGACCAAUUAAAAGCCCCACUUCAUGGCAAGCUAAGGUGUCAGGACCCUUUGGAGAAGUUCAGCUACAGCUCCACUUGCUGGUCAGAGUGUGAUACUGGCUUCACCCUCAAAGGAAGCAACUCCACCCACUGCUCUGCCCAAGGCCAGUGGAGCCACACCCUUCCUGUUUGCCAAGUUGUAGCGUGUGAACAAUUAAAUGCCCCUUCUCAAGGCAAGCUACAGUGUCAGGACCCUUUGGAGAAGUUCUGCUACAACUCCACCUGCUGGUCAGAGUGUGAUACUGGCUUCACCCUCAAAGGAAGCAACUCCACCCACUGCUCCGCCCAAGGCCAGUGGAGCAACACCCUUCCUGUUUGCCAAGUUGCAGUAAAGUGUGACAAAUUAAAAGCCCCACCUAAUGGCAAGCUCCAGUGUCAGGACCCUUUCGAGAAAUUCAGCUACAACUCUACCUGCUGGUCAGAGUGUGAUAGUGGCUUCACCAUCAAGGGAAGCACCUCCACCCGCUGCUCUCUGCAAGGGCAAUGGACCAAACCCCUUCCUGUUUGCCAAGCUGUGGAGUGUCCAGAGGUGUCUGUUGCACCCAGUGGAGGAACUGUGAACUGCAGCCACCCCAUUGCUCUCCACAGCUUCACCUCCACAUGUGAAUUCAGGUGUAAUGAGGGCUUGCUGCUUCAAGGAGCUCAGAGAAUAGAAUGUGACCAUACAGGCCAGUGGACACACAGAGCCCCCACCUGCAAAGUUAUACAGUGUGACCAAUUAAAAGCCCCACUUCAUGGCAAGCUAAAGUGUCAGGACCCUUUGGAGAAAUUCAGCUACAGCUCCACUUGCUUGUCAGAGUGUGAUACUGGCUUCACCCUCAAAGGAAGCAACUCCACCCACUGCUCCGCCCAAGGCCAGUGGAGCCACACCCUUCCUGUUUGCCAAGUUGUAGCGUGUGAACAAUUAAAUGCCCCUUCUCACGGCAAGCUACAGUGUCAGGACCCUUUGGAGAAGUUCAGCUACAGCUCCACCUGCUGGUCAGAGUGUGAUACUGGCUUCACCCUCAAAGGAAGCAACUCCACCCAGUGCUCCGCCCAAGGCCAGUGGAGCCACACCCUUCCUGUUUGCCAAGCUGUGGAGUGUCCAGAGGUGUCUGAUGCACCCAGUGGAGGAACUGUGAACUGCAGCCACCCCAUUGCUCUCCACAGCUUCACCUCCACAUGUGAAUUCAGGUGUAAUGAGGGCUUGCUGCUUCAAGGAGCUCAGAGAAUAGAAUGUGACCAUACAGGCCAGUGGACACACAGAGCCCCCACCUGCAAAGUUAUACAGUGUGACCAAUUAAAAGCCCCACUUCAUGGCAAGCUAAAGUGUCAGGACCCUUUGGAGAAAUUCAGCUACAGCUCCACUUGCUUGUCAGAGUGUGAUACUGGCUUCACCCUCAAAGGAAGCAACUCCACCCACUGCUCCGCCCAAGGCCAGUGGAGCCACACCCUUCCUGUUUGCCAAGUUGUAGCGUGUGAACAAUUAAAUGCCCCUUCUCACGGCAAGCUACAGUGUCAGGACCCUUUGGAGAAGUUCAGCUACAGCUCUACCUGCUGGUCAGAGUGUGUUAGUGGCUUCAUCCUUAAGGGAAGCAACUCCACCCAGUGCUCCGCCCAAGGCCAGUGGAGCCACACCCUUCCUGCUUGCCAAGCUGUAGAAUGUCCCAGAGUGACUAGUCCCCCCAGUGGAGGAACUGUGAACUGCAGCCAUCCUAUUGCCCUCCAUCGCUUCACCUCCACCUGUGAAUUCAGGUGCGAUGAGGGAUUCCUGCUCCAAGGAGCUCGCAGGACCAAAUGUGACCACACAGGCCAGUGGACACCCAGGGCUCCCACCUGCACAGUGAGAGAGAUGUCAUUGGGUGCUGCCCUGCUGAUGUACACUGCAAUAGGCACUGCCUCUGCCGUUGGCCUGAUUGGUUUGAUUGGUGUGAUAUAUCUUGUGCGACGCGCCACCAAGAAAGCCAGUAACAGUGAUGGAGAUACAUUGUGGAAUUCUGGCAUCAAUCCAGUAUUUGAAGAGUAGUUAGAACAGAACAGAAACGUGUACUGGAGAGAGUUACAAACUGUAAAUAAACAUAUAGAUAUGAAGGGCUUUUGUUUUUAAAUUCAUGUGUUGUAAUUUCCUAGGAAUAAAGAUGAUACAGUGUCAUGAGUGAUGUAUUUUGAAAAGAAUAAAAAGUAAAAAGUAAUUUACACACCAGUGAUUUACCUCAAAUAUAGGGUGUGAUAGUGGAAACUGGCCUCAUAGGGCAAGACUGUAUAUGGGAAUUGACUAAUUGUAGUCCUAAGAACAUAAGUCCCUUGGUUUCACUCAUCUUAAUUUUCAAGAGAAUGCCUGAGUUAAGUGUACAGGAGAUACCGCAUAGCUAUUCAAUCACGCACAUACAUUUUCCCAAGACAUUUCCAUUUUACGGGUCAGUUUGCACUAUUAAGAUGAAAAUUAUUGUCGGAUAUACAAAUUCCAGAUAAACAGCCAUUUUCAUAUGUGUUGAUACUGUUGUUACUGUAAGCAAAAAUUCUAAAUAAUAAAGAGAGCUGUGAAAAAACAAAAGCUUCUUAUUCG